ACAUAUCAUAAUAUUAUUCAUUUCAAUAGCUUUAAAUUUGUAGGUAUAAAAUACUCAAUUUACUUUUAUAAACAACAUGUCGACACCCUCACCUCCUAAGGACUGUGCCCAACUAUGUAUGGACAUUGGAGCUUUCAAAAAGUCUGACAAAGAUCCACAAAAAAUCAUUGAAGAAAACAAUGAGAGAAAUGCAAACGCAAUAUCUCCUGCUAUCCAGACAUCAGGUGCAGGAAACUACCCCCUUCAUGAGGGAUUACAGCCAGUGCCUACUGAAGAUCAGCAUCUACCGCAGCUGAGGCCAGGCCCUGAUGGCGCCGUGGACUGGACUCCGCUCGGGGACCUCACAGGGACCAGACCCAGGGUCAGCAAGUACUCAACCAGCAGGUACUCUCUGAGCGAGUGGAAGGCACACAAUGACUCCGUCUUAGACCCCACAACAAUAGUUGAAUCUAACAUCAUAGAUUACAACGCUAAAACUGCUAUGAUGGAAGCUUUCGGAACAAUCGACAAACAGCAGAACGAAAACAACAAACGACUUAAACAAAAAGCGAAGGAUAUUUUUAGAUGGAAGGUUGAAGUCGAAAGAUCCGUGAAAGCAAUCACUGAAGAAGUGCAGCUGUUGGAAGCUGAACGACAACGACUGAAAGGAGCUGCUAGAGUGCUGAUGCUUCCUGAAUCUAUUUCUAAAGAAUGUCUAGAUCUAAGAUCAAACAGGGCUAUUCCAGACUUAGUGUCAGAUUUGGCUGAACAAGAACUUAUCAAAGAAAUGAACCUUGUAACUGAUGUGAGAGAUACUUUAGAAAGAACUUUGAAAACAAUUGAAGAACAGCUGCAGAUUAAUAAAGCGGCUAAACAAAAGAUCGAGUACGAUUUCUGUGACAAACAGAUGGCGUACAAUACAGAAGUGACCAACAUAGGCCUCAAUACCAAAUCACCCACGAUUUUAUUCAGACCAGGUGCGACGAGAUUUGGGGACUUUACAGCGUCUGUAGAGUACUGGGAAUUCUUCUGCCGAGAGACCAUACAGGACGUUGAAACUGUCAGACAAAGAUCGAUCGAUCUUCGAGGAAGCCUCAACGCUAUCCUCAUCAAUAACGGUCGAAAAUUAAGAACGCAAGCCGACAAAACCGACAUAGCUAUCGCUGAAACUGUAGCUAUAACCACUGAGCUACUCACCAAACUGGACAAAACCCUCCGCAACACACUUCAAAGGAUUGCUGACAUGGAGUCCUUAAUAGAUAACCUCAAAGCUUCGGUGCGCAAAAUGGACGCAGCGAUGAAGCUGGCGCAGACAAGACUAGACAAUAGGAACAAUUGGCGGCCUCACGGAGAGGCCGUGAGGGACCAGCCUCACGUGGGGCUGAUCGAGGAAGUGAAGAAGAUCCACGGGACGGUGACGUCACUGCUGGGGCAGCUAAAGAACGCAGAGAGAGUGAGGACAGAGCUGAUGAACAAGAGGACAGAGUUGGAGAAUGACAUCGCGUCGAAGAAGAAGACGUUAAACAUAGAUAGAGACAGAUGUGGGGUGAUCCGGUCCCACUACCCCUCUGCGUUGGAACUGGCUGGCUAUUGAGAGAUUUAGGGAUGAUUUGGCAAAUGCCUAAUAUGUUCGUCUUAUUUGUAACGUGUGUUUAUAUCUGUACGUCUAUUUUAAUUUGUAACAGUGUUUUUAAAUUAUGUUUGUCA